AUGGCCGCAGCUGCGGCCAUGCUGGACGAGAGACAUAACGAUUUACCGGCGAGACCCAAAGAUAACAAUGCAUACAUCUUAGGCCAAAUAUCUGGGCAUAAUGUGGCUAUCGCAUGCCUUCCAUCGGGUGUUUACGGUACAACUUCCGCCACAACAGUGGCUACACAUAUGCAGUCCACUUUCGAAUCAAUACGCUUCUUCAUGAUGGUAGGUAUUGGAGGCGGGGUUCCAAGCGAAAAGGUUGAUAUCCGGCUGGGUGAUGUGGUGGUUAGCAAGCCGACAAGAGAUUCAGGAGGGGUCAUACAGUACGAUUAUGGGAAAACAGUGACCGGAGGCCGCUUUGAACGCACUGGCAUGUUAAAUAAGCCACCGCCAGUCCUCUUAACAGCAAUUGCAAAAUUACAAGCAGAGCAUGGAUUGGAACGAAGCAGAAUGCCAGCUAUUCUUUCAGAGGCGGUCGCUAGGUACCCCAGGGUGAAGGAGAAGUUCGCAUAUCGCAGUGAAGAUCAGGAUUUAUUAUUUGACUCUGAAUACGACCACCCUGAGGGAGAUACUUGCAACGACUGCGAUAAACGGAGGCUCGUAAUACGACCUGCUCGGGCUAGCCAUGAUCCGGUCAUCCAUUACGGUCUGAUUGCCUCUGGCAACCAAGUCAUGAAGCAUGGCCGCAGCAGGGAUAGCCUGGCCCGGGAUCUUGACAUACUCUGCUUUGAAAUGGAGGCGGCUGGCUUGAUGGACAACUUUCCAUGCCUCGUUAUUCGAGGGAUGUGCGACUAUUGCGACUCGCAUAAAAACAAGCAGUGGCAAGACUAUGCAGCAGCAACGGCAGCUACAUAUGGCAAAGCGCUUCUCUCCAUGGUGCAUGCAAGCCAUGUGGAAGAUACUGUGCCAGCAGGAUCAAUUGCCGACGUGUCCUGCUACAAAAGAAAGCUACCAUCUGAGGUGCAAUUUCCUAACAGUGAAAUAGUUCAAUAUGAUGGCCAGGAUCUUGAGAGUCUACUCGAGCGCAUUUCAAGCUAUAAUCACGAGAAAGUCCAUCAAAGACUUAGUGGCAAACGACUCACUGGCACCACACGCUGGUUCCUUGAUCACCCGGAUUUCAAAGCCUGCUUCAUUGAGAAGAGAGCUUCAACUUUGUGGUGCUCGGGAAAGAUUGGCUCGGGUAAAACGAUGAUAGCAACUGCAGUGAUAGAGGCAGGGAAAUAUGAGCUCGGCUCUCCAACUGUCUUUUUCUAUUGCGAGGGCGAUGGUCAUGCAGGCUCAGAUGUCUCGUCUAUUCUCUCUAGUCUCAUCAAACAAUUAUGCGAAUACCUGCACCGGAUGCACAGGCCGUAUCCGCAAGAUAUCGCAAAAAGGAUAAGGAAAUAUUUUGGAAACAAGAGGGUCAAGCCAGACUUUUACGACCUGAAGGAUAUCUUUACCCGCCUUUUCCACCAUACCACAGAUACGAUCUAUGUCGUUGAUGGAGUUGAUGCUCUAGAUCAUAAACAUGCCAAAUCUCUUUUGGAGCUCGUCAGGUUGCUAUUCAUUGACACCAGCCCCCGGCAGAAAUCGCGAAUUUUGUUGCUAAGCAGAGACCAAGUUCCAGGAUACAUAAAUGUCAAUACUUUUAUACCUGGGAUUCGUCAAAUCUCGACAUCAGCCAACGUCAUGAAAGAUAUCGAAACAUACAUUGAAUCAAGCAUCAUUGAUAAGAAUAUCUGCCGGAAACUUACAGAUGACCCUGUACUGAUUGAAAAUGUUCGGCAGAGGCUUUUGGCAGAGUCUUCAGGAAUGUUUCUAUGGGUAUACCUCCAGCUGGAGAUUUUGUGGGACACAUGUUUCGAUGAUGCAGCAAUACAUUCGGCACUAGCUAAGCUACCAAAAAGCCUGGAGGCCACAUACAGCCGUUGCAUCGAGAGAAUCAAUCGCAAGGACAGCCGGGUUCUCAAGGUACUCAAAUGGGUUAGCUUUGCGGCCGUUCCGCUUCAUAUCGAAGAAUUACGAGAGGCGAUCACCUUUGACCUAGAGGACACUGCAUGGAGUGCGGAUAAGAUCCCGCGAAAGGAAUAUGUCAUCGGCUGCUGUGCAAAUCUUGUUGUCGUGGAUUCCUGUGACGACCGUGUGCGAUUUGCACAUUCCUCGGUAAGACAAUACCUCGACAAAGGACGAGAAAGAAAUAUCAUUCAAGGUUAUCCAGCCACCGAACAGGGCAUUUUAGAGUGCGGCGAGUUCUGCGUUGCAUAUCUUUCUUUCUCGGAUUUUAGUCUUCAACUAAGCAUGCGAAGGAUUGAGAAAGCCGCAGUUCCUGUUCAAUCCCCCAUUCUUUUAGCGCGAGAAACUCUCCCUGCAUUGCUUACCAGACACUUGUACCAAAAGCCCCGGGAUCAGAAGCGUUCCGUUUCUGUGCUUUUCCAUAAGAUACGCACAGCAUCAACGCCAGAUAGGGCACAGUACAAAUUUCUCGAUUACGCCAUCACAAACUGGGCCCUGCAAACAAAACAGAUACAUCGUACAUCCUUGAUGUGGGUAAAAUUUGAAAGGCUCGCAAUGUGUUUUAAUGAAACUUGGGAUUUCCACCCUUGGGUCCCUGGCGGCCGUUCGGCAUCCUCCCAUCUACACGGUCUCCUUGGAUGGGCAGUGAUGGAGCAACAUGAGCCUCUUCUGUCAAUUGCACGGGGUGAAGGACCUGCUUUACAACUUGUUUGUAACCUCCCGCUAAUCGGUGAAAGCCUUCCUGCGCUUCAUGUCGCGGCGAAUCUUGGAUAUGAAGCAAUGAUUGAGAUUCUUCUAAAUUUCUGCAAAGUGAAUGCGCCAGAUCUAGAAGGAUAUACUGCUUUGCACUACGCAGCAGGCAGGGGUCAUUUUGAAAUCUGCCAAUUACUUUGCAACUCAAAGAAGAUAAAGGUUGAUGCCAUGUCGAGAUUUCGAAGGACACCGCUCUGGCUGGCUGCAAGUAACGGACAUGAAGAAGUUGUUUCUCUCCUUGUAGGGAAGCAAGCAGAUAUUGAAAUAAGGGAUGGCGAGAUCGACCAGACACCCCUUUUACGGGCUGCAAAUAUGGGCCACGAUGCAGUCGUGGAACUCCUACUUGAGAAAGGAGCUGAACUAGAAUCACAAGAUGCGAACGGUCGAACACCUCUCUCGUGUGCCGUAGACGAGUGCCAUGAAACCACAAUUGAAUUACUACUCGAAAGCGGCGCCAAAAUGAGUACUAAAUACCUUGAUACUAGAGGUUUUCUUAUAUGGGCGGUAAAGAAAGGGUUUGCGGAGGUUGUCAGAUUACUUUGCGGAAGCACUGCGGAUCUCAACCGUAAGGACAAAAUCGGUCGAACAUUACUCUCAUGGGCUGCAGAGAAUGGCCAUGAUGCAGUGGCAAAAGUGCUGCUUGAAAGUGGUGCUGAUCUCGAGGCUAAGGACAAGAAAUGGGGUCGAACGCCACUCCUAUGGGCUGCCGAAAUUGGUCGUGAGGCAGUUGUGAACGUGCUGCUUGAGAAUGGAGCUGACCUUGAGGCUAAGGAUAAGGAAUGGGGUCGGACACCACUUUUAUGGGCUGCCGAGAAUGGCCAUGAGGCAGUGGUGAAAGUGCUGCUUGAGAAUGGAGCUGACCUUGAGGCUAAGGAUAAGGAAUGGGGUCGGACGCCACUCUUAUGGGCUGUUAAGAAUGGCCAUGAGGCAGUGGUGAAGCUGUUGGUUACGAAGAGUUUUUCAGUCUCAGCAUACCAAGGACGAUGUGAUUGUUGUUGA